UCACAUUUCAGACUACCUUAUCCUACAAUCUCUCUCUCUCGAUAUGAGCUAGGAAGCCCAUCAACAACCCAAUCUCACAUUUCAAAACCUUACCAACUCCAAUUCCACAUUCCAGCUCGUCCUUUCCAUCUCCGGAAUCAUCAUUAAUUCCCACUUUUCUGAUUACCAAAUCAAUUUUCUUCCUGCUCUAUAGCUAAAUCCUAUUAUUCUUCUUCUUUCUUCGGGAUUAAUUAUUGAUAAGCCUUUCAACUUUCUGUUGUGGUGGUGGUGGUGAAGCCUUGAAGGUGCAUGAGUAAGUGCUGUAAUUAAAGGAUACAAAAUUAAGAUUAAUAUGAGCAAAGGCAAGGGAAGCAAACAAAGCAGGAUGAGCAGGAUGGCCAAGGCACCCAUCAGAAUCCUGUGCAAGGCAAGGGAUUUGUACGUCCAAACUCUCACGUCGUGUGCCGGGAAUAUGAGACACGGAGGGAAUUACGACACGAACGGUCUGCCCGCUGCUCCUAAGUCAUCGUCCAACUUCCCCAGGAGCUUCAGCGUCACUUCCUCAAGAUCCUCCGCCGCCAGCGACGAGGACUUCCGGCAGCUCAUGAGGGUUGCCUCUCUGAAGGCCCUUCACAAUAAGUAUGGGACACAGUCACCACAGCAGCAGUGGGGCCGCUCUCAAAGCGUGGGUGCCUCAGCGCCCAAAGGAAAGGGAACAUUGAUGCCCAGGAGUGUUUCUCAUAGCGUCGCCAUCGCCAGGAUUGACGAGGACAAGCCUUGCGACUUCGCAGAAGAAGAAGAAGAAGAAGAAGAAGACGAUACGGCCAACCAACUCAACCCCACCAAGUUAUCACACCCGUUCCCGAGAAGCGAAUAACAAUUCAUUUGCUCGAUCGGUUCCCUCUCCCGCUGCGCUCUUUUUUCCUAUCUAGCUGGUGCUUCUUCUUGUUCGAUCUUUAUUCUGUUCCUGGCUGGACAAGAUAUCCCUCUUUUCUUUUUCUUGCAAAAUCUUUGAUUUCAUGAGAGUGUGAAGAAGGUGAAAUUGUUAAUUGGUUGACUUCCUUUUCUUUUCAAGUAACAUCGAUAGUCUGAAUAAAAGUUGUUUAGCAUGUAGUUCAAAUGUAAAUCAACACAGACGAACUGCAUCCCCAC